AGCAUUUCCGGGUUUCAGAAUGUGCACGAUUCAUAACAAAAGCGCAGAUUAUAUUUCACUCUACAUUGGAGACGCAAAAUAACAUAAAUAAGCGGAGUUUGCCCGGUGUCCCUGCUGUCCCGGACAGUCCCACAGGAGGACAGCUGCACGAGGCCAAACGGUUGUAACUAGACGAGUGUUUGUGAAGACUAUGAAGAAGAGGAGCAGGCAAAAGAGAUCACGUGAGGCCACUAAACAGGUGUACAGGAGCCGGAGUCCAGCCUCAGACAGUGAGGACCAGAACUUCAGAGCGCCUGUUCCAGAAACCCUCGGUCGAAUGCCCUCCGCCUUGUGCCGCCUCUGCCAUGGGAAGUUCUCAUCUCGUAGCCUGCGUAAUGCCUUCAGCAGCUCCUCUCGGGACCACGUGGACUGUGAAGAGGAAAGGUCUGUGGUCUUUCACUCAGAUUUCCAGCGGCUGGUGGGAGUAAAACUCAACCAGGACCCCCGAUUGUCAAAGUUUAUCUGCAAAACCUGUCACUCCAAAUUCUACAAGUGCCAUGGCAUCCUCCUCAGGUUCCUUCAAAGAGUCAACCUCCCACCCAUGGGUGAAGAGAAACGCAGAAAGAGUAAGAAGUCUGUGGAGCCUCUUGAACAGCGUGAAAUGCCGUGGUGCUUCACAUCAGAUCACCAGUGUCUCCACAGCCUGGUGUCCUGGGCCCACCAUCACGCUGGGGCCUGCAGUUCCUGUCCUGCCCUGAUGGAUGUGCUGGAGAGUCAGUGCAGGGGCUCAGUCAGGGCCUUGUGGGGCUGUGGAGACGGACACAGUUAUGAAAUGGACACGUACUUUUCUUGUCCCGAACCAGAACAAGAGGGAGACGGGGAUACCACAGAGGAGAGUCCUCUGAACCAAGAAGAUCAUGUAGAGAGCUCAGAGCCUAACAACUGCAGCAACAAGGAGGCUGAUGCAGAUCUGUCAGAACCAGAGGAGGCCCCACUCUUUUCAUUCCCUCAGUCUGAAGAGGCAGAAGAGGAAGAGCUCUGUGACAGAAUGGUGAUGGGAGGUGAGGCUGAGGAGAGCACACUGGGACCAGACGAUGAGCUAUUCAAACCUUAUUCCAACAAAAGAGUCUCAAGAAAGAAGAAGCAGAGCCAGGACUCAACAGAUGAGCCACCUGUCAGAAACAAACCAGGACCCAAACCCGGCUGGAAAAACAAGUUUAAAAUCAAAGGGGAGGAGCUGCCCAGUAUGUUCAAGUGCCCCUAUCUGGGCUGCACUGCUGUCUACAGAGGCCCUGAUGGACUCAAGAAACAUAUUCGGGAACACCAUGAGGAGGUAAAGGAGCGCCCCUGUCCCCAUCCAGGCUGCAACAAGGUGUUCAUGAUCGACCGUUACCUGCAGCGCCACAUCAAACUCAUACACACAGAGGAAAGAAACUACAUUUGUGACGAAUGUGGGCAGACAUUCAAACAGAGGAAGCACCUGUCAGUGCACCAGAUGAGACACUCAGGGGCAAAGCCGCUACAAUGUGAGGUGUGUGGGUUUCAAUGUCGACAGCGCGCCUCUCUCAAGUAUCACAUGACCAAACACAAAGCAGAGGCAGAGCUGGAGUUUGCCUGUGUGAUCUGUGAGAAACGCUUUGAAAAGGCCCACAACCUCAACGUGCACAUGUCCAUGGUGCACCCACUGACCCAGCCAGAGCCCAGAGGGCCGCAGCAAUCCCCCUACUCCGACUUGCAGACCAUAACCCAGAGCAGAGAGGUGGUGCCACACAGACAGGACAGAUGACUGCAGGGGUCCUGACUCCAGAUCACACUGAGAGUAAAAGUACUUUGGAGGGCUCAGGACAUGGGCUAACACUCAGCAGGGGGCUGUCCUUUACGCAAGACCCUGUUAGUACUGUCCCACAUAGCAGAGGACUAAUCUGACGUCAAUAAAAACUCUGAAAAGUGAAGUGGCUCACCCAUACAGGACAGUCAGUGAUGGUACCUCAUGUUUAAACAGACCCUUAUGUGUUGACAAAAUGAGUGCAGAGACUGAGGAUUGUUACUAACAAAGUUUUAUUGAGAUUAUUCAUAUUACAAACCAUUGCCGAUUGGGUUUUUAAAUAU